AUGACGGAGUCCAGCCUCUCCCAGCCCGGCAGUGACCCCAAGUACAGAGCCACCCUCCUUCAGCUAGCUGCAAUACAAUGUAAGCGAGAGCUUGAUGAUAUCGAGGAUAUUUAUCCUUGCACACCCGCUCAGGAAGGGCUAUUUGCUCUCUCCGUCAAGCGGCCGAACUCUUACGUUGCUCGAUAUGUGUAUGAGUUACCGCAUGAUGUGGAGCUUUCUCGAUUCCGGAAUGCAAUUGAUGCUACACUUGAAGCCCACACAAUCCUGCGAACCACGCUCAUUCAGGCAAAUGCUGCGAUAUUUCAAGUGGUUGUGCGACGACUUGUUGAGAUUGAUUCAUCCCAGGACAAUGUUCGGGAUUAUUUGCUAGUGGAUAGUCAACAGCAAAUGCCCCCAGGCGGCCCGUUGCUUCGAGUGGCUUUGAUAAAUGGAAAGCUUCACGAAAGACCCGUACUGGUAUUGACUUUACAUCACGCCCUUUACGAUGACUGGUCUCUCAAUGUGAUCCUCAAGGACAUUGAAAAAGCAUACGACGGGAAGUUGCUGGCACGACGAGAGUUCUCGAAUUUCACAACCCACGCUCUGCAUGCCCAAUCCGAGGAAUCCGCCCAGUACUGGAGAUCUCGAUUAAAGGACUCAGUUGCAUCCCAGUUUCCUCGUCUACCAUCAGACUCAUACACACCCGCUGCUGAGGCUAGUAUGGUUCAAACUGUUUCCUUCCCUCGCCCCAUGACUGAGAACGAACAGUCCGCUGCUAUUGAAUUGAGUUGGGCCAUACUCCUCUCGAAGUACACGGCAUCGGAAGAUAUUACCUUCGGCGUUACCCUUACCGGUCGACAAGAACAUCUGCCGGGGAUUAAAGAUAUGUCAGGUCCAACAAUCGCGACUAUUCCUUUCCGGGUGCAACUGCCCACCGAUCUCCCAGUCGAGGCUGUUUUGAAGUCCCUCAUGUCCACUGCGGAUGAAAUGCUUUCAUUUGAGCAACGAGGUCUUUACCAUAUCAGCCGUUUGAAUAUCGAAUCAUCCACUGCCUGCCAAUUUCAAAGCCUUGUCGUGAUUCAAUCUCCCCCGCAAUAUCAAUAUGACUACCUAUGCGAAACAACUCAGGAUCACGAUCUUCACAAUCAUGCAACAUUCGGAACGUACACCAUGACAUUGGUGUGCGAUUUGCGCCAAGAUGCCGUACGUGUGCAAGCUGUCUACGAUGAUUCUAUUGUUCCCGCUGGGCAGAUGCGCCGGAUAUUGGGUCAAUUGAGCACCCUUUUACAACAAAUUACUGGAUUGACUGACGGUAGCUCUACCUCUCUCAAAGACCUGAACAUUAUGAGUCAGGAUGAUAUUCAAGAGCUAAAGCUGUGGAAUGGCAAAGUCACCCCCACGGUUGAUGUUUGUCUGCACGAGUUAAUUCUGAAGCACUGUCAAAAUGAGCCCCAGCGUCUCGCUAUCUGCGCCUGGGAUGGAUGCUUUACCUACAAGGAGAUUGAUGAUUUGUCAAAACAGCUGGCUGUUUAUCUCUUCCAUUGCCAUGCUGUGCGACCAGAGACCUUCGUCCCUGUGUACUUUGAGAAGUCAAAGUAUACGACAAUAGCGAUUUUGGCGGUCAUGAGAACUGGAGCAGCGUUCGUGCUGUUGGAUCCUGCUACACCACUAUCGCGUAAUAAGAGCAUUUGUGACAAGUUAAAUGCUACUUGUGUCUUGUCGUCUAUCUCUCUUGUUUCAUCGGCGGGGAACUUGGCUGACAAUGUUAUCCUUGUGGGCCCAGACGAGACUCUAUUUGCAGUCGACUCUAUUCGAGAUGAGUAUUCUCUUAAUAAUGGUGGCACGGAAUCGCUUGGUCCCAAUCCCUCCAAUGCUCUAUACGCUGUCUUCACGUCUGGGUCAACCGGAACCCCAAAGGGUGUUGUCAUUGAGAAUGCAGCUUUUACCACGAGCACUAAAGCAUAUAUCGAGACCUGCCAUAUUGAUAGAGAGAUUCGCGCUUUACAAUUUGCUUCUUAUGCAUUUGACGUUAGCAUAUCAGAUACUCUUGUCACCCUGGCUGCCGGUGGAUGUAUCUGUGUGCCCUCGGAGGAAGAGAGGAAAUCCGAUAUUGCCGUGGUGGUAAAUAAGUAUGACGUGAACUGGGCGGACUUCACCCCAUCCCUCCUUCGGCAUCUCUCUCCAGACCGAAUGCCUUCUCUUCGAACUGUUGUUCUCGGAGGAGAACCGAUGUCUCAGGUUGAGAUCGAAACUUGGGGGCCGCAUGUUAGACUGCUGAAUAUCUAUGGCCCGGCUGAAUGCUGUGUCCUAUCCACCAUCCAGACAAAUGUCACACAAACCAUGGAUCCGCGUGAUAUUGGCUUUUCAACGGGGGGCACAUGCUGGGUGGUUGAUCCCAAGGAUCCCAAUCAGCUCAUGCUCAUUGGGGCAGUGGGUGAGCUGCUUAUUGAAGGUGCAAUAGUUGGACGAGGUUAUCUGAAUGAUGAAGAUAAGACUGCAGCUUCAUUCAUCAAUAGCCCGUCCUGGAUCAGAACCUUUCGUCCAACAGGUACACCUUCUCGCUUUUAUCGUACUGGGGACUUGGUGCAAUAUACCGAUCAAGGCUCCCUGCGCUAUGUUGGCCGGCGGGAUGCUCAGGUGAAGUUGCGAGGGCAACGUGUGGAGCUCGAAGAAGUUGAAUAUCAUACUUUAAACUGCUUCCCUGAUGCUGAAGAGGUUGUUGCAGAUGUUUUAUCUUUCAAAGGCGGCCCCCAGCAGUUGGUGGCCUUUGUCACAGCGAAGGAAAGAGUGGGUGACAAUUCAUCGUCGAAUUUAUUUCUUUCCGCAUCAUCAUUAUUCCAUGAGUCUGUGGCUACAGCAAAUGAAGCUAUGAGCCAGCUCCUUCCUUCUUUUAUGAUUCCAUCCAUCUUUCUCCCUGUCACUCAUAUUCCGAGAACGAUGUCGGAUAAAACAGACCGCCGCCGACUGAGACAGAACGCCACCAUAUUGACCCGAUAUGAAGUCGAAGGUUAUUGUCUUCCUUCCAGCAACGUCGUAAGACGUCCACCCGUUUCAGGGCCAGCUCGAAGAAUGCAGACCAUCUGGGCUGAGGUACUACGAAUCCCUGAGGAUCGAAUUGGUUUAGAUGACGGCUUUUUCCAGAUUGGCGGUGAUUCUAUCACGGCCAUGAAAGUAGCUGGCAUGGCCAAGUCAGAAUGCCUAACUUUUUCAAUGACAGAGCUUUUCCGGAAGGGUGCCACUUUGGAAUCUCUUGUUGCACCAUCGAGAGCGACAAAGGCAUCUCCCAAAUGGGAUUGGAUGAUGGAAACAGCUUUAGAUCCGUGCAUUGUAUCCUACCGCACUCACAGGAUUUGCUUGACUGGAUCCACCGGGUUCCUUGGGCAGGAGCUAUUGCGCCAGCUCAAUGUCAACUAUGACGUGCAGGUAAUCCAUUGCCUGGCAAUGAGAACCCAGGGGGUGGGUGUUGCAAGGAAGUCACCUUUGCUGGAAUCUGAAAAGAUACACUAUCACGUUGGAGAUAUAUCCCUGCCAAAUCUCGGUAUGGAAGCGGCGAAACUCUCUUCGAUUAUCCAGGGGUGCGACGUUAUCAUCCACUGCGCCGCCGAAAUCUCGUUUGUCAAGUCUUAUGAGCUGCUAAAGGCAACCAAUUUUGGCGCCACGAAGCUACUUGCUAACCUGGCGCUUCAACAUUCUGUCCCAUUCCACUUUGUGUCCAGUGCAGCACUCUCUCAUUGGACCGGGUUGGAAAGUAUGGGAGAGAUUUCCUUGCGAGAAUAUACACCAACAGACGGAGACGAUGGAUAUUUGACAUCAAAGUGGGUCAGUGAGACUUAUCUGGAGAAUUGCAAUGUUCAUCAUGGUCUUCCCGUCACCAUUCAUCGCAUUUCCAGCAUUGUUGGACCCGGUGCCCCGAAGUUGGAUAUCACGAACAAUGUACUGCAAUUUUCGUGUCGACUUCAAGCUGUGCCGAAUGUUCGCAGUUGCAAGGGGUUUAUUGAUUUAAUUUCGAUUCAAACUGCAGCUUCCAACAUCAUGGCGGAUGCCCUUACAAGGCCGAGAGGGAAAGCCCCGGUGAAAUUUGUCAAUGAAUCUGGCGAGGUUCAGAUCGCAGCCUCGUCCUUGAAGGAGUAUCUCGAAAACGGGCAGGGUAAUUACCAGCCAUUUGAGGAGCUUGAGCUGGAAGACUGGGUUCGUGCCGCCCAGGGUCAUGGCAUGUCUCACCUCGUUGGAAAGUUCCUCCUAUCUAUGCCGCCAUCAGAAAUCGAUAUCGCGAUGCCGUUUCUGAUAACCAGUCGUGAUUAUGAACAAGAUGUUUCUUUCUUGAGUGCGUGCCUAGAUAGUAUGUUGGAUUGA